AGACACUAGAGCCAUGAGUGAAGGUGAUGCAUGGCUGGUCUGGUCUGGUCAGCCUCCUGGAGCCUCUCUCAUAUCUCAGCCUAAAUGUCAGCCUACUGGACCACCUAUCACUCUACAUAAAAAAUAAAUGCCAGACAGCAUGUGGCACGAGGCGAGAAAACAGGAGAGGAAGAUCCGUGGGAUGCUCGUUGACUACAAGCGCAGAGCUGAACGACGUCGAGAGUAUUAUGAGAAAAUCAAACAAGAUCCAACACAGUUCAUACAGCUGCAUGGCCGCCCCGUCAAGAUACAUCUGGACCCAGCUGUGGCCUAUGCUGCUGAGGCCCCUGGCAGCAUGAUGCCAUGGCGAGGCGAUUCGGACUCCAUGAUCGAUCGUUUCGACGUCAGGGCCCACUUAGACGACCUGCCUCCGGUGUCCUCCAGUUCGUUGAAGCUCACGGCUGAAGAGGACUGGGAGGAGCGUCAGGCAAACUACGAGCGUUACCGCAUACUAAUACAGAAUGAUUUCCUGGCCAUCAAAGAAGAAAAAUUCCUCCACCAAAUACGUCUAGAGGAACAGUUCGGUCCAAUUGUCAACAAAACAAUCGAGGAAGAAAAGAAAGCUUUAGCUCCUAAGAAAGCUGCCAUCGCCUUCACUUACACAGAGGAACCGGAUGAUGGAGAAGAAGACAGACCUGGUUCAUCCAAUGCUGAUUCUAUUGUUCCUGAAGGAGGGGAUGAAGCGGCGGGUGAAGGCUCGGACGAUGAGAGUGACAGUGAUAUUGACCUUGAUCUGACCGUGGAUGUCAUGUCACUGUCUAACACACAACAACAAGAGAUGAACGUGUCAGGGGUGGAGUACGGCCUCAACCAAGACGACUUCAUGUCACUCAUUAGCCGCGACCUUCAGGAGGCCGAGGAACUGAGGGUGGCCAAGGAACACGAAGAUGAGAAGGCCAUGUAUUCGGUGUGUGGCCAUUGAUGUACUUUUGUGGGUUGGGUUAGGU